CAGUGGUAGACUGACUGGUGGGUUGGUUGAGACGAGACAGAAUGCGAGGAAGGCGAAGAGGAGUGUGAGAGUGACUCUGAGAGAGAAAGAGAGUGAGUACGAGACUGGAAACCACAGGCGGCGCAGACCUGCUCUGCAUCUGCAUCUCCAUCUCCGUCUCCGUCUCCAUCGAUUCAGCUGUACCAAAAUUUGAUCACGGAUGGACCAGGGAUUCUCCCAUGUUUGGGGAAAAUGAUGGCUGCUGAGAGCAAUCAUCCACUUGCGGAGGGGGUUGAGCAGCGAGGAGGAGGAGGAGGGGGAAUAUUGGUUCACGAUCACCCUCUCGCAGCCUCGGACCGAUUGCAAACCCUAUCUCUCGACGAUGACGACGGGAAGGAUAACCUCGCGCCAGCUUCGUCCUCCGGCGCCACUCGCACGGUCUCCGAUCCCCUCCUCUUCCCUGAGGAUGACGCAUCUCUCGAUUCCUCUUCCUAUGAAGAGGUCGUCGCCUCUUCAUUACACGACUCCAACGGCAACGGAAGUGUCUCAGAUGAACCCACGAAAUCGAGUUCCGAGUCCUCCUCCGUCUCGGAGUAUUUGAAAAUUAGCGUUACGGAUCCGCAGAAGGAGAUUGAGUCUUCAAAUUCGAUUGUUCCUGGGGGGAGUACAUAUGUUACAUAUCUGAUUACCACGAGCACCAAUAUUGACGUCUAUGGUGGAUCGAGUUAUAGGGUCAGGAGACGGUUUAGAGAUGUUGUUGCACUGGCUGAUAGACUGAGUGAAUCUCACAGAGGAUUCUUCAUUCCGGCUCGGCCUGAUAAAAGUGUAGUCGAAAGUCAGGUAAUGCAGAAGCAUGAUUUUGUGGAGCAGAGGAGAGUGGAGCUGGAGAAGUACUUGAGGAGGCUUGCAAGGCAUCCAGUGAUCAAGAAGAGUGAGGAGUUGAGGGUGUUUUUGACUGCACACAGGAUGCUUGAUGGGGCUGCGAGGCUGCCAAAGCAGCUUACUGGGGACUCUAGCAGUGUAGCUGAGCCACAGGAUGUGGUGCAACCUGCUAAAGGUGGGAGGGAUAUGCUGAGGUUCUUUAAGGAAUUGAAGCAGGCUGUUGUCAAUGAUUGGGGAAGUGUAAAGCCUGCUGUGGAAGAGGAAGAUAAAGACUUCUUGAAGAAGAAGGAGAAGUUGUUGGAUCUCGAGCAGCAGCUCACUAAUAUGUCAAAACAGGCAGAGUCACUGGUGAAAGCACAGCAAGAUAUGGGGGAGACAAUGGGGGAAUUAGGGCUUGCUUUCAUGAAGUUGACAAAGUUUGAGACCGAGAAGGCAAUAUUAAAUACACAACGUGUGAGGGCUGCUGAAAUGAAAACUUUGGCUACUGCAGCUGUAAAAGCAAGCAGACUGUACAGAGAAUUAAAUUCUCAGACUGUGAAGCAUUUUGAUAUAUUGCAUGAACAUAUGGGGAUGAUGUUAGCUGUGAACACUGCAUUUUCUGAUCGAUCUAGUGCCUUAUUGACAGUGCAAACUCUCAUUGCUGAACUUUCUUCCUUGCAUUCAAAAGCUGAAAAACUUGAAUCUGCAUCAUCUAAAAUUUUUGGGGCUGACAAAUCAAGAACCAGCAAAUUGCAGGAAGUCAAAGAUACCAUUAGGGUCACAGAGGAUGCUAAAAGUUGCGGAAUCAAAGAAUAUGAAAGGAUUAAGGAAAAUAACCGGAUUGAAAUUGCAAGAGUAGACAAGGAAAGAAAAUCCGACUUUGUUGACAUGCUGAAAGGGUUUGUCACUAACCAGAUAACCUACAAUCAGAAAAUUGGAAUCGAGUGGGCUAAAGUGGUGGAGGAGACGAGCAAAUACGCAAAGCAGCAGCAGCAGAGCACGGGUAAAUUGUGAGAUUUUAAGCAUUUUUUACCCGCGUCUCAUUUAAUAUCAUCAUCAUCAUCAUCAGAUUGACUACUUGAACUAGUAAAUAUGACCACUACUUGAUAAUGUACAUCACAAGGCAAAUUUGCUAUAAAUGAACUAGUUCAUUUAUGUGCCACUUUUCUUAUUUUUGGUUGCUUGUUCAUUUUUAAUUUUUGUUAUUGUGUUAUAUUAUGCUCUGAAAACAAUUAUAAAAAUUUUGAUAUAA